AUGACAACUCCGACUCCAACGCCGCCAACCCCUCAGGAGGCAUCUACGAAGCCGCCGCCACCCGGGGUAUCUUCAACAAGCGCCGCCCCCCCAAAUAUCCCCUCGCCAUCCUCAAAGCAAGCUGCCAAGAGGACGUGGUUUCCAAACCCUCCGGAUCGCAGGUGGUGCUCAGACAACACCUACCUCGAAGACAAGCACGACAUUGUCCAUAUCCUCGAAGAAGGAUUCCUCACUCUCCCGAGCGCCGACAGCUACGCAUUCUGGUGCCCGAUGACACCGACCCGCAAAAGAAAACCACCGGACAUGGCGUUCAGCAUGCAAUCGGACCAUUAUUUCGCGGUGUACGCGGGCUGGAAGAACGAAGCGGACGACGAGAGGCGCCAGUCGUGGCUGCAGCUUGUCAUGGACAAGAUCAGAUCACAUGGGGUCGGGACGUAUAUAGGCGAGUCGGAUUUUUCUGUGCGACCUGAUCUCUACUGGGCGGAGGACAAUGAGAGCCGAUUGAAGGAGAUUCGUCGGAGAUGGGAUCCUUAUGGUCGGUUUUGCGGCUUUCCUUGA